GGAUGUUUCCUGCGCCUAAUUCCGAUCAGCACACUCAAGAGGAUGAUGAUCCUAUCGUUCAAAACAUUCCAAGAACUAUUACCCAAUUGGAGCAAUAUGUAGCUCAAGUCCAUACUCGUUUGUGCCAUUUGAAUGAUAUCAUAAUUCCUCAAUCUGAACUCACCACAGAUUUUGCUUUGCCGCGAGCGGAUAUCGAGGCUGAACGAAAUAGACUUCGAUCGAACGAUCCAUCUGUCAUUCGUCAAUUGGCCGAGUCUUAUUUGAUGCGCUAUAAAGAAUUGGAACGACGUAAUAAACAACAAGCUCAUCGAUUGGAUGCAUUAGAAACGCGUGUAACGACGGCCGAAACUAUGGCAGAUGAAGCCAUCCGAACACUUCGACAAUUUGUGGAUGCUGAACGGCGUCGUACAUCAAACUUAAAAUCUGCAAAUGCACGCGUCGAUUCGUUAACUCUGGAUUUGAGUCGUUAUAGAAAUCAAUGUGAACAACACGAGCAGACAAUUGCUCGACUUGGAGAACAGAUUACUUCUCUCAAUCAGGGAUCAACUUCACUUAAUCAGCAUUUAAAUAAGUUACAAUCUGACAAAAACAAUCUCGCAUUGGAACGCGAUCGCUUGUUACAUGACCGAGAAACUUUGUCAGCUCAGUUAGCUGAAAGAGAUGUGAUUAUUGAAACUCUUCGUGAAAGAGAGCGUCAAAUGGCGGCCGAUUUGCGUGAGCGUGAUGCACUUAUUGAAUCACUUGGGGAGGAUCGUAACCAACGAGGUCAAGAGCUUGUCAAAACCCGACGCAAAUUUAAUAGUCUUUUGGAAGAAAAGGAUCAUGACAUGAAGAAAUUAUUGGAAACCAAAAAGAAAGAAGUUAUUGCUGAAUUGAAAGCUGCUCAUCUGUCUAAAGUUGAAAAAUAUGAAGAAACAAUUCGUAAGCAACGUAAAGAUUUUCAUGAUGGUCUUCAAGUAGCAUAUGGUGAAGUGACAAAAUUGGCUGCGCAACGGGAUGAAUACUACGCCAAUUGGAAACGUCUGGAAGGCACACUUGAAGCACAUAAACGCAAAUUACAUGCUGCAUUAAGCCGGAAAAUGGUCAACAAAUGUUCGGAAUUAGUUCGUGACUUGAAGGAUAUUGGAGGUUAUGAGAACGGUCACCCUUCGUCUUUAACUCCUCGUACGUUGGAACCGGUAGAAAAUGUGGCGCAGCGUUUAUUAAAUGAAUUGGCUGGUCAAAAUGAACUUGGAAAUCUUAUUUGA